CCACCUGCGCCAGACGUUCUUCGCCGAGAGUCGCCGAGGUUUCCUGCUUCAACAGUGCUUGAACGGAACCCGGCGCUCGAACCCGCACCGCAGCCGGCCGCUCACAGUCAGAGCCCUUCGCCACCACCUCGCAGCAUCCUCGGAUCACCCCCAGGCCUCCGCCGCAGCAGCUCCAGCACCGCUCGUCUAGCCGCCGCCAUGACCACCACGUCCCCCUCGCAGGUGCGCCAGAACUACCACCAGGACUCGGAGGCUGCCAUCAACCGCCAGAUCAACCUGGAGCUGUACGCCUCCUACGUCUAUCUGUCCAUGUCUUACUACUUUGACCGUGAUGAUGUGGCUUUGAAGAACUUUGCCAAGUACUUUCUUCACCAGUCUCAUGAGGAGAGGGAGCACGCUGAGAAGCUGAUGAAGCUACAGAACCAGCGAGGCGGCAGAAUCUUCCUGCAGGACAUCAAGAAACCAGACCGUGAUGACUGGGAAAGCGGGCUGAACGCAAUGGAGUGUGCAUUACACUUGGAAAAAAGUGUGAAUCAGUCACUACUGGAACUGCAUAAACUGGCCACUGAGAAAAAUGACCCCCACUUGUGUGACUUCAUUGAGACUCAUUACCUGAAUGAGCAGGUGAAAUCCAUCAAAGAACUGGGUGAUCAUGUAACCAACUUGCGCAAGAUGGGAGCCCCUGAAUCUGGCAUGGCCGAAUAUCUCUUUGACAAGCACACCCUGGGAGACAGUGAUGAGAGUUAAACUGACUUCUCCAAAGCCAUGGAGUGACUCCCCGGUCACCAAGGCAGUGCAUGCACAUUGGGGCUACCUUUACCUUUUCUAAAAGUUGUACCAAAACAUCUGCUUAAGGUCUUUAAUUUGUACCAUUCCUUCAAAUAAAGAAAUUUGGUACCCAGA